UAAAACAUAGCAACACCGAAACAAAAAUGGCGACGAUGUGAAGAAGUUUUUGAUUUUCCUCGGACGUACACAGACCUGUUUAACACGGAAGGCAUAUUGAUCACAAGAAGAACAUGAAGACACAACCUUUACAAAGAGGGGAGGAGCCCCCUAUGUUCCUCCAGCGGCCAUCCACAGGCAAAUCACAAGAUGUCCGCCACAUAUUAGCCAAGACGUUUAGAGAAAUAUACACUCGGGAUGCUAUCAGUGCUGAUACUGUUGCAAACUUAGGUGUCUCUAAACAUGGCGAUGAUCCUUACCAUGAACGCUAUGUGGAUGCUCUACAGAAGGUAUUUGAAGAACGAAAGAAACGUUUAGAAGAGGCUGCUAAACUUGAACGUCAUAUCAUGCAAGCUCAGGCUAGAGCUAUGUCAGCAGAUGAGCGUCAGUUGAAUCGGGUCACACAGAGCUGUGACAACUAUUCCGAGCUGGGACUCCCUCCAGGUCGUUCUCAUUUCCGAUCCUGCAUUGACUCUGAUUUGCUGAAGAAACACAAACUCCUUUCCCCUGAGGACUAUGCUACUGAGGAACAAUUGACAGUGCCUCUACCACAUGGUCCCAAGGUGCCAAGUUACGCCCGUGAGACGGUGUCGUCGCAGCAGCGGACUCGCCCCAUCGACCAGGUUGAGGAAUCACCUCAGCCACUCAUCUUUCACAGCCGCAGUGACCUUGUACACCAAAGCUAUGUGUCGGACAGCAUUAAUGUGGAACAGGAAAUUCUGGAAUCGGAGCCUGCUUCCUCCAUCUCAGAAUCAGUUGUGUUUCCAAAAAGAGGAGGAUGGAAAAUCCACAUGAAUGAAGCUCAGCGAGAAGUCGACAGAAAAGACCUUGCUAACCUCCAGGCCCGUGUGAACUAUGUUCGUAAUCCUAGAUAUGUUCCACCAUCAGCCUUACCCGGUGGAAGAUCUCUUAUAAUGCCAGGUCGUCCCAAACCAAAGGAAAUUGGUAUCCAAAGUAAACCGGAUGUCAGCAAACCAAAGGAGCCAUCUGUAGUAUUCUUAGUCUCUCCACCAAUAGUCAAAUUCUCCGACUACAAAGUUGGUCAGGUUUAUGAGUUGACGUUGGAGCUGAAGAAUGUGUCCUCUGUGAUGAGGCAGUGUGCAGUACUUCCACCAACCACUCCAUUCUUCUCUGUUGGACUGGGUCAGUUUCCGGGAGAGCAUGGCCUAGUAGCUCCUGGAAUGAGCUGUCACUAUGCGAUCAGAUUCGCACCAGACUCGCUGAGAGACUUUGACGAUGAGAUCAGGGUUCAAACUCAGUCCUCUAACUCUGUCAUUGUGCCUCUUCAAGGUCGCAGACCACCUCCAAAUAUUACAUUGCCGCCAGUCCUUGAUGUUGGAUACUGUCUGGUUGGAGGAUGCCAUGUGGUACAAUUCAUCGUGAGGAACACCGGUGGGAAUGGCCGAUUCUGUAUUAUGCCAAGAUCUUCAUGGCCAGCUACGAACUUCAAGUCAGUUGUCAGGAAUGGAAGCGUCCUCAUUCAGCCAUUUGAAAUACGUCCAUCUGUUCUGGAAUUGAUGAAAGGGGAGAGUGGAGUGAUUGAAAUUAUUUUCACCCCUCCAUCUGUGAAGAGUUUCAACCAGGAAAUCACACUUGUCUGUGACAAUUGUCAUGUGAAACACUUCACCAUCAAAGGCAUUGCUCAGAGGGCCAGUGUCGAUCUGAUGAUGGUUGAACGGGGAGAAGGCAACAUCGCGCCGGGAGAGUUGACAGACAACACUGCAGAACACAUGAUACGAUUUGAUGACCUCAAUCCCUUCACAUACACAGAUCGUACAGUCGUGGUUAAAAACUGCACAAAUGUACAGAUGCCAUUCCAAUGGAUGAUAUAUAAGCCAGAGAUGAAAGAGGAGCUCAUUGAGGGACAGAGAAAAAUUGUUCGUGCUCAGGAUGUGGACUCUGUGUUCAGUGUUCACCCUCCCACAGGAAAUCUGCCUCCGUCGGGAGACAUGGAGUUCCGGGUCACAUUUGCACCACCACUGGUGAACCAGUUCCACAGUGUGUUGCACAUGUUGCUGAAGCAAAUUCCACAGUACCAGGAUGGCGACUCAGCCAAGUUGCGUAAACGCGACAGACGUGCCCUCCGUGAGAAGUCAAACCUCAGUGAUGAUGAAGAUGAGGAGGAGGAAGAGCCCACAGUGAUCUUCCCUCCAUCAAGUGGAUUGAGAAAACUACAAGACCUGACUGCUAUGGAGAUAGAGGUGAAAGGAAACAGCGUGCCCCUCAAUGUCGUGUUACACCCCUACGCUGUUUACGUUCCUGGCCGCAGCCUCAUGGAGACGACCAUCAAGAAAAGAGUUACGAUGGCCAAUCACAGUCGGUCUACAAUCACCUUCCAAUGGCAGCCGUACAGUGAGGGAUACAUACUGGAGAUGGAGCCACCGUUUGGUGAACUAGAUCCUGGGAUGGCUAUGGAUCUAGAGCUCGGCAUAACUGGAGGUACACCCGGCAAAAUCAACCACACCCUGUACUGUCAUGUGAUGAACUUAGCUGAACCUCUCCACCUCCAUGUGGAAGCUGAGUUUAAGGGUCCAGAACUUUUGAUUGAGGAGCCAGAUGUCAACUUUGGCUUGGUCUGUCUAGGAAAUCAGGCCACAAAGGAAAUUACUCUGACAAAUCUGGCUCAAAUCACCACAAAAUGGAGUAUUCAUGACAGCCCAGAAUUCAUUGACCUGGAAAACGGUGAUGAUCCCAGCGAGUUUGUUUUCACCCCAGAAAGUGGGGAGUUAUCUCCCCUGGAGCAGAAGACGAUCACCAUUGAGUUCAUACCGACUGCAGUAAAGACAAUCAAGCGUGUGUUUACUGUGAAGGUGGUGGACGGUAGUGAAUGUAAUAUCGGGGCGACGGCUGAGGUACAGGAGCCACAGGUCUGUCUGUCGUCCUGUGAGGUGUGUAUGGAGGAUGUGUAUAAGGGCGUUCCUGUCCUCUGUCAGGCCACCAUUGUCAACCAGACCCUGAUACCUACAUCCUUCGCAUGGGGACAGAUCCAGGGAGGUCAUGCCGAGGACUGCAUGGUGGAGCUUGACCCCCCAUAUGGUGAACUGGAACCACGGGAGGAGAAGACUAUUGAGAUUCGCUUCAUGGCCAACCGAGAGGGAGAGAUUUCGGAUGUAAGAAUUCCUUGUGAAGUAGCUGGGAUGGAACAGGUGCUGUUUUUAGGUCUGUUCUGUGAUGCUAAGGGACUGUCAGUCACCUACAAGACUUCGGCUUUAGGGUCACUCUCCAGUGAAUUCUUUGAAGAUGUUUGCCUGGACUUUGGAGAAAAGACCGACUUGGGUGCAACACCUAAAGUCUUUUUACAUAUUCAAAACGAGUCCGGAAUAACGGCUCCAUACAGCCUCCAACUGGAACACUUCAUGGCAAAACCUCCAACCCCACCAGGAAACAAGGACCCCAAUGCCUCAAAAAGCCAGCAGAGAAGACUGAUGUUGAGUCGGACACCCAACCUGGCGGAUCCUCUCAGCAAGACACAGAUAAAGGCACAGCAAGAUUUAUGUAAAGCCAUGCUUUCUCUUGGACUUGGUGCCUCCUUUGUACCCUCGCCUGCGUCUGGGGUGCUACAGCCGUUUGGAGAGCAGAUAAUAGAGUUAGGGGCUUACUCCGACAUGUGGGGCCUGUACACAGAUAACCUGAUUUGUAAGGUUGGAGACCUUGAGGAUGUGUCAAUACCCGUCAAGAUGAAUGUGGUUGGAUGUCCACUUUGCUUUCAGAUGACCGCGGCCAAAGCUGACCAAAAACCUAUUGUAAGGUUUGGGACACACGUAUCCGGAGUUGCACCGACAAGCCGUUCCAUGAGAAUAAACAACACAAGUCCAUGUGAUAUACGUCUGGAUUGGCAGUUAUAUAACCUAGAAGAUGAUGACACAAAAUUACUUGAUUUCAUUGUCGGCUUUGGUGAGGCCUUCCCGAAAUGUGAUGAAAACGGCAAAGAAAUAAUUCCGCCAUGGAAAAAUGAGAAGCAGUCUCCUGUGCCGGAGAUGCCUAAGAGAAUGCCUACGGAGUUCAUACCGAAUUCUCCCGACACCCUGCCAACUCUGACAAGGGAGGCAACUCGUGUGAUCAAUACGCCUGCUGCUACCACUGAAGUAGAACCAGUCCAAAAGGAACCUCUGAUGAAAUUUGCUUCGGUCUUUGUCCGUUCACAUGAAGGUGUUCCUGACGAAGCUCCUUACAGUAUCAAAAACAAACAAAUGAUAAUCCCAGCAAGAGGAAAUGCCAGUGUCAAUGUCAACUUUACCCCAUUCCCAACAGGCCAGGUGUCUGAAGAGAGAGACUGCAUUGGAUAUGCUCUGGGAUAUAUGAGCCUGGACAAUGGUAAAGCAUCUCGGACAGAAAACAAAGUCAGCCGUCUCCAAGGUUACGAAAUGUCUUGUCUACGACUAGACAUGACAGCUCACCUGAAACCUGCACUACUGAACAUUGAGCCUACUGACGAGGAGGGCAUGAGGUACAGGUCAGCCAUGAGCGAUCUCCUCCUGGAAGGGGGAAGGACAAUACCAGAGAGCUCCAAGGUAUGCAGUGCUGUCCUAGCGAACCACACGGAAACUCCACUCACCUUCAAACUCAUCACCAAGGCUCCAUUUGUAUUGGUUGACCUUAAUCCCUCAACCAACCGUGCCGGAGCUACUACUAUCCAGGAAACUGAGAUGCAGACAUUGCGGCCUCAACACAACUUAUUGGUGAAAGUCGCUUUCCAAACCUCCACCAGCCUCCUGGAGGUUGGUGAUGAAUCAGAGGAAAACAAUCAAUCUGAGACAGGCAUGAGAAACCAGAAGGUUGAGAUAAUGGACCAUUUGUUGGUGGAGUUCAACAACUCGGCCAUACAGAAAGUACCUCUCCAUGCCAGCCUAUCUGUGCCCCAGAUCGAGCUGUCCAAGAGCGAGUUGGACUUUGGGACUUGUCUGGUUGGUCAGCGGAGGGAACUGCAGCUUCUUGUCUCUAAUGUGACAGCAUCAAACAGUUUCUGGACUAUUGAUACAGAAUCAAUGUCCCCUGGAUGCAGUGCAGAUACAUUCAUAAUAACGCCAUCUAGUGGCCAACUGGAGGCACACAUCACCCAUAUCAGUGAUAGUAAAACUCUACUCCAUGUCUUCUUCACUGCCAAGCAUGCAGAAUUCUACGAAGCUGUAUUUGUUUUCAAAGGAGUGUUGGGAGAAAUUCCACAGAGGCUUGUCAUCAGGGGUCAAGGGUCAUAUGAUGGCCGUUACGAAGCCUUACUCAAUGUGUGAUAUAAUUGUGUAGCUUGCGCUAUAUAUAGAUACAAAAAAUAGACUAUGAUUUAAAACAUGACUGUGAUACAAUUGUGCUAUACACUGUACAUAGAAACAAAUGUCCGCAAUGAUUUUUGACUGUUUGAAAAAUUUGUUCUGUGAUAACUUACAUGUGAAUAUUUUAUGAUUUGACAUGCAAGAAAUACAGUUCUAACUAUAUCCGUCCAAUAUGUAUUAUUUUAUAUAUUUCAUGAUAUUAUUGAUAGUAAUUUUGCAUGAAAAUAUUGUGGAGUGGCAACUUUUUUGUUAUUAGAAGAACAGUAGAGUAUCAUAUCAUCUGUUUGAUCACCAAUUUUAAAAUUAGCUAUUUUAUUGAAAAUGACGUUCUUAUUCGCGACGGAAAUUGGCAAAACUAAAAUGGACUUAAAAGUUAGGAAAGAAAGGCAAGAUAUCAAAUACCAUCUCUCCCAUAUUGUUGUUGCAGUUUUGUUUUGGCAGUUUUGGAAAUUCAACAAAUGUGAAGUAAUGUUAAAAUUGGUUUACUAUGUCUUUGAAUAAAAUGACCUAAGUUUAUUUUUG